CAAUCCAAUCAGAGGCGGUCGCGUUAGGAGGCGGCCAAUGAGGCCGAGCGAGCUCUCGGGGGUUAGUGGCGGUUAAAAUUCGAACAUGGAUGGAAAAGAAACCUAGGCUGGGGAGCUUAGGGGUGGCGUUUAGAUAACCAGCUCCUGACACUGAGCGAGAGCCUUUCAGAGUUGCACUCUAUUUUCUCCUGGGUAAGGCCACGCAAGAGGCGUUUGUAAUCCUGGAGUGACACAGCCAAGCUUUGCGGUCUUGUGAGCUGCAGAAAAGCAUAAAAGGCAGUUUACUAUGUCUCUGGAUGGGAACGAGUGGGAGCUGAGCAAGGAGAAUGUGCAGCCUCUGAGACAGGGGCGAGUGAUGGCUACUUUGCAAGAAGUUCUGGCUCAGCAGGAUGUUUCCACCCAUCCAGCCAUCCAGCAGCAAAAGCGGGAAUUUGAAUCUGAAAUUCGCUUUUAUUGUGGAGAUGAUCCACUUGAUGUGUGGGACAGGUAUAUCAAAUGGACAGAGCAAACCUUUCCUCAAGGUGGUAAAGAGAGCAACCUUUCUGUUGUCUUGGAGAGAGCUGUUAAAGCACUGAAUGAACAGCAGAGAUAUUAUCAAGACCCCCGCUACCUUAGCCUCUGGCUUAAAUUUGGAAGCUGUUGUAGUGAACCUUUGGACCUAUAUAGCUAUCUGCAUAGCCAGAAGAUAGGCACAUCACUGGCACAACUCUACAUCACUUGGGCAGAGGAACUUGAGGAAAGAGGGAAUUAUAAGAAAGCUGACUUGAUAUUCCAGGAUGGGCUACUAUGCAAAGCUGCACCUUUGGAUAAACUACUGUCGCAUCACAGGCAGUUCCAGGCCCGUGUGUCUCGACAGAUCUUGCAAGAUCUAGAUGAAGACCAUGAUGGAGAAGAGGAGCUGGGUGCUUUUGCUUCUGAACCCCAAAGAGCCACACUGGCAGAACUGAAGGGGAGAGGAAAGAAAAUGGUGAAAGCGCCAGUCAGCCGUGUAGGAAAUGCUGUGAAGCUCCCAAGCCAAGGACAGAGACUCCAAAACUCAUCUCAGCAAGCAUCAAAUCACCCAAGCUUUGCUGUUUUUGAUGAAAACAAAGUUGUUGCUGCUCCUAGAGCUGAGCUUCCUGCACUUGUACCACAGCCGUGGGUUGCGCCUCCAGCAGUAAAAGCAAAGGAGAAUGAAUUGCAAGCAGGCCCUUGGAAUAUAGGCAGGCAUCCUCGGAGCAAUUUGGAUUCUGGUACGGUGACUCCUGCUUUUGUCCCCAGUUUUACUCCAUAUGUUGAAGAGUCUGCACAGCAACAAACCAUGACUCCUUGUAAAAUAGAGUCUAGCAUAAACUCUGUACUAAGUGCUCGCAAGCCUGGAAAGGAGGAGGAUCCCUUGCAUCGUGUGCAAAGCCAUCAGCAGGAUGGUCAGGAAAAGAAAGAACAGCCAAUGUAUUGUAAAGAGAAAGUGUAUGCUGGAGUGGAAGAGUUUUCCUUGGAGGAGAUCAGAGCUGAAACCUACAGAAAGAAAGCAAAAAAGAGAAGAGAAGAAGAACUACAGACCAUAGCACAGAAAAAAGCUGAGUUACAGAGGAAAAUUGAGGAGAUGGAGAAGAUAGUGAGAGAGCAGCAAGAAAACGAUAAGCAGAGAUCAUGUGCACAGCAAGAAGAGGAGCAGGAACCUGUCCGUGUGCCUUCUGACACAGCAGAGGCUCUCAAGCCUUCUUUAACUGAAAGACAACUCUCUCUGACAGAUAAUGAAGCAUUUGAAGGACAUUGUUCAGACUGUUUUUCCUUGAAAAGCAAUCUUGAACUGGAUGAAAAUGUUCAACACAAGAAGUCAAGCUCUAGUGAUUCUGAGAUUCCUCCUGCAGUGAAUCCUCCAAUGACUUUCUCUAUAUUUGUUGAGGCAUCUACUUUAGAAAAUGAGAGUACCAGUCUUUCAACUGGCCCUCCAGUGUUACAUGCCAGACGUCCUCUUGCAGUUCGCACACCUUCUGAAAGUAUUGCUGCCCAGGAAAACAUACCUCCUGAAAACUCUGGUGAACUCAAUGGAAUUGAACCCUUGAGUGAAGAUGCAAUUGUUACAGGCUCAUAUAAGAACAAAACUCUCUGCCCUAAUCCUGAGGACACCUGUGUCUUUGCUAGGGCUGCCCACCUGGCAUCAACCCCUUUCCAUGGGAUAACAGAACAGAGAAAACAACUUGAUGACAAAUCAAAGGAAGAAUGUCCGGAACCUAAGCCUACAUCUCUGAGCCAGCAGACAAUUGUUAGUGAGGAUCAGUAUGCUGACGCCCUCUUUGUGAAAAAGCUGAGCCCAAUUAUGGAGGCAAGUCAGGAAGAUACCAGAUCUUCUGCAUCUUCAGGUUCCCCUACACAAAUCUCCACUAUCAAAUUUCAACAAAUCCCAGAGAAGCUAGAGUUGGUUCAUACUUCCACUGAUGAAAUCGCCGGUGAUGUUGCAAAUGGCUCUAAUUAUUCUCCUGAGGGACUGUGGAAAGCAGCUCAGCAGCGUAGACAACUCUUACAACCUCUUCCAGACUUGUUGACAAAGUCUCCUGACUUUAAGUUAGAGGCUCAGCCUAUGCCUUGGAUGGAACUAGGAAAAGAAGUUCAUAUAGGGAAUUAUGUUUGUUGUGUCACUCGUGAGUAUUUGAUCAGUGAGGGUGAUAAGAUGUUUUUUGCUGUACCAGCCAACAUUGCACAUGAGGUCUCAACAGCAUUUUUAAUAAAGGUGCAUUCAGAGCCUCUGCCAUGGGACUUCUAUAUCUUGCUGCAACUCCAAGACCGUCUAGACACAGGGUUUGAUCAGAGCUUUAGUGAAAAGUGCUCUUGUUUCUUAUACCACAAUGGUUGUGUGAUUCUACAUAAGGAGAUAAACUGUUUUACUGUCCAGGAUAUGAUCCAGCAUUGUAAAGUUAUCCCGCAAGAAGUAGUUGUGCUGAUUGUUGACAAUCUCCUAGAAGUGGUGGAGAAAUUACAUAAAGUGAAGAUAGUCCAUGGAAAUCUGCAUCCAGGAACAUUGUUCUUGGGAGACAGAAUUUGCAAAUCGUUUGCCAUAGCUGAGACCACCAGCGCUCUGAAAAUAGUAGAUUUCUCUCACAGCUUUGACCUACAGCUACAGCCAGCAAUGAAUUCCCUGAAAAGCUUUCCAAUAGCUCAGAGCCAGAGUGGGCAGCAGAUCCUUGAUGAAAAAUCUCUUCCAUACCAGGUGGAUUUGCUUGGCAUUGCAGACAUAAUCCAUAAGCUAUUGUUCAGGGAACCCAUGCAAGUUUAUCAGGAGAAAGGCUACUGGAAAACUAGAAAAGACUUAUCCCAGUCUGUUGACAGUGAUUUGUGGAGUAAAUUAUUUGAAAGAACUCUAAAUGCAAAUGGAAAUUCUACUGUGUCUCUGCUGAGAGAACUAAGAGAAGAACUAAAUAGCAUGUUUGAUAGUUCUUUCCCAGAACGCCUCAGUGAUUCCUUGACAAAGCUGGAAGACUUUCUUAGUGUUGAAAAUGUAUUCCGACCUAGAGAAAUACCCUUUGUAAUUUCACCUGGUUUUUCUGCGCCCUUCUCCACUUCACCUCCAAAGCAAGUGAGAGUUCAUCUUGAUCCUUCCAGGUUAUAAACAAGUUGAACAGUUUCACAUUUAUUUCUUCAUGACUUGUUAAAAGAAUGCUAGCUGAUGCCUUAACUAUAUGAACAGAGCUCCUGUUCAUUGACAUACUCCCUGUGUCACAUUAAAACUUUAUGUAUAGCUACUAAAAUGUCUGUUUAAUAUCUAUCAUUUUGUGAUAUUUUGAGUUCUUCACCUUUGCAUUGAUGUAAAUAUGUAUCCUGUUCUAUCCAUUCCUUGUAAUCAUUUUUCAAUAAAUCUA